CAGGCCCCAGGAGCUCAGCCAAGCCCGCCCUCCGUUUACCACGAACGGCAACGCCUGGAGCUCUGUGCCGUCCACGCCCUCAACAACGUCCUGCAGCAGCAGCUCUUCAGCCAGGAGGCUGCCGAUGAGAUCUGCAAGAGGGAUCAAUCAACUCUUCCAUGGCAAGGCCAUGCUGGAGACCCAGAGAUGAGUCCGCUAUGAGCCCUGCGCUGAGGGAAGCCAGGGAAACAGAUACACAGAAAAAGAAUACACAACUUUCCCCUCUCCGACCCCUCCCCCUGCCCUGCCCACCAAAGGCCCAGAGACAGAACAAAGGUGCCAUUGUCCAGAGGAGGCAGAGCCCAGAGAGACAAGUGGUGGUGGGGUGGGCCUCCUGGGCUUGGGGACAGCUGGACGAAAGGCUGGGGGUAGCAGCACAGGAGAUGUGGUUGGGGACAGGUGGCUGCAACGGGUGGGAUGGGCCUGAAGCCAGGAGGCCAGCAGGGGACAGGUUGGCCCCAGACUCCCGGCUGAACCCCCAUCGCAGCCUCCUGGGCACCGGCAACUAUGACGUCAACGUGAUCAUGGCCGCCCUGCAGGGGCAGGGCCUGGCCGCCGUGUGGUGGGAUAGAAGGAGGCCCCUGUCCCAGCUGGCGCUGCCCCGGGUGCUGGGGCUGAUCCUGAACCUGCCCUCGCCCGUGUCCCUGGGGCUGCUCUCCCUGCCGCUGCGCCGGCGGCACUGGGUGGCCCUGCGCCAGGUGGACGGCGUCUACUACAACCUGGACUCCAAGCUGCGGGCGCCUGAGGUCCUGGGCAACGAGGAUGGUGUCAGGGCCUUCCUGGCAGCCGCGCUGGCUCAGGGCCUGUGCGAGGUGCUGCUGGUGGUGACCAAGGAGGUGGAGGAGAAGGGCUCCUGGCUGCGGACAGACUGACCCCGAGGAGGAGGGGACCACGGCCGCCCGCGGGCGUGGCCCCCGCGCAUCCACAUCCAGUUCCCAGCGCCGGGGCAAGGGCCAGGCCCCGCACCUCCUGGACCCAGCGGAGGUCCCAGCCCCUUCCUCGCACCGCCCCCGCCACAUGCCACUGCUGCCUCAAUAAACCAGAUGGAUGAUUUGCUCCCA